AGAGAGAGAGAGAGAGAUGAUAAGAAACUGUAGGAUAAAGGUGAGGCUUCAUAAAGACUCAGACCGAAAGAGCAGCAGAUUUAUUCAAUCCACUCGCAUAUAAAGUUUGCUUUCAGAAUGAUGAAGUUUCUGGUUUUGGCUGUUGUUCUUAUGCUGGCCGUGACCGGCGGCACAGCUCUGGACUGCAUUCGUUGUGUCCCGAAAAAAGCCGGAGGUGCCUGUGAGGUCACGUCUGAAACCUGCCCGCCGGAGAAAAACGCCUGCGCUGCUGCCAAAUUCAGCAGAAGCCCGUUUGGUCACUUCCAGAAGUGCAUGGCCAUGUCGGACUGUGAGAUGCAGAAACGCAACUCUUACAUCAACAUCAAGUGCUGCCAGAAGGAUUUCUGCAAUACCUUCGACUGAUCUGCAGAUCUUCUAAUAUAAUAGAUUACAUGCUACUAUGUACAUGUUUUCAAACUUAAACUUAAAGAAAUGACUAUUUUUUACAGUCUGAUCUCAAGAGGAAACGUACCUAUUUUAUGUUUUGUCGGUUUAGUGAAUAAUUCGUACAAAUUCAUAGGUAAAUGACAAUUUAGGAUUUUUUUAAAGGAGUCAUGACAGCAAAUCCUACCCCUAAACCCAAACAUCACUGGGGAAUGAGCAAAUCAUACUAAAAUGUAUUAAUGAGUUCAUAUAAAAAUUCAUACGAAUUAGCCACUAAAUCAAAAUGUUAUCAAAUGGCGUGAGAUAAUGUUGAAAUAAACAUUCUGUUUUCAAAG